CAAGGGAUUGAGUAUCUCAAUGAAAAUGGCUAUGCCGUAUUUGCCGAUGUUCUUGCACCGGACGAAAUUACGGCAAACAUCGACCUGUUCUGGGAAUAUCUAGAAAAUCUUCCAGCACCAUACCAUAUCAGACGCGAUGAGUCACAAACAUGGGAUGCGGCCUGGCCUGGUUUGACUCAUGUUGGAAUUAUGCCUUCUGACGGUAUUCCCCACUCACAGUUUAUGUGGUGCGUCCGAGGAAAUCCACAUAAUCCAAUUGAAAAAUCUGAUCGCUGCUCAAUUCAAGGUUUCGUCGCUUUAACGGACAACAAUGAAUAUACUGGCGGUCUUGUAGUUGUGCCCGAAUCUCACAAACAUUUCGCUGACCUUCGAUUAGUGGCUCGGAACAAUAGUACUAGACCAAAUUUUGCUCGUGUUCGUAAAAGUCACGCAUUGCUCAAACGAUUCAAACCACGCCUUGUGAAAUGUCAAGCAGGUGAUCUCGUCGUGUUUGAUUCCCGAUGUAUUCAUUGCAAUACACCCGCUCUUCAGUCAGUCAACGAAACAGAAGAAGCGACGAGUGUGAAGACAAGUCAAUGUUCACAACUAUUACGUCUUGUUGCUUAUGUAUGUAUGAGCCCAACGACGAUGGUUCCAUCCGAUCAACUGGAACAAUUUCGAAAAACGAGAGAAGAAUUUGUCAAAAAUCGAAUAUCAUGUACACAUUGGCCUUGCGAGCUCAACGUUUCGGGUAAGUAA